UCAAAUGAUUUUUCUUAUUUAUAUAAGCUUAGGUAUAAUAGCUUCAAUAAUUGCUUUUGUAUCAUACAUCCUUAUUUUAUAUCCUAUUUUCCGCUUUUCUCAAAUGAAGCGAAAAUAUGGUGAUAAAGUUAAAGUCUUCUUUAGCAUUGGACAAGGAAUACUUAAGUUUUACAACCAAGAUCUAGCUAAUAAAAAUGAUAGCAUUGCUUUUAUCCGUAAUAUGCAUGAACCUAAUUUAAAAGCCAUUGCUUUUAACUUUGGAACAAAAGUAGGAUUUAGCUUUGUAGACCCUGAGCUCUAAAAGCAGGUACUUUAAAAUCCUCACUCUUAUAGUAAAGUCGAUGGACCUAUGGCAAUCACAUUUUUAUUUGCUAAUUCAAUCGCUUACGCAACAGAGAAAGAAUGGAAAAGACAAAGAUUGUUCUUAGGAAAGUCCUUUCACUUUGAAGAAAUAAAAAACUACUUUCCUUUGAUCAUAGAAACUUGUCAAAAAACGAUAAAAAAAAUAGACUAAAAAUUGAUUGAGAGAGAAACAAUAAAUAUUUAAAUUUUAAAGACUUGCCAAGAAAUUACUUCAGAAGUGUCUUUUAAGGUUUUUUUUGGCUCAAAUAAUGAAAAUUUAACAAUUAUUACUAGGAAAGAUGGAAGCUCAACUACCAUUUCUAAUGAACUUGUUUAAGUUCUCAUUGAUUCAUAUUAUUUAUUCUAAACUGAUAAAGUAGCACUAAUUAAAUGGAUUUUGCUUAAAAGAAAAAGUACUAGCUUUUUCCUUACAAAAGGAGAAGAAUAGCUGUUGAAUCGUUUGAAAGCUUUAAGAUAAGCAUGCACAGCUAUUGUUUCAAAGAGGAAGGAGGAGCUUACCUAAGAUAGACUUUUAGCAAAGAAAAACUUCUUAGAUUAGUAUAUAAUUGAAAUGGCUUAAAACGAAAACAGUGGUAUCACGUAUGAUGAAAUAAUUGAUAAUUUUUCUGCAAUUUACUUAGCAGGUACAGACACAACUAGUAAUAUGGCUGGAGUUGCUUUAUAUUAUCUCUCCCUUUAUCCAGAAAUUUAGUAACAAGCAAGAGAGGAAGUUAUUAAAGUGCUCUCAGUUAAAUUAAAGGAGAAUAAAACUGACUAACUCUUCAGUUUAUUAGCUUUUGAAGAUCUCCAAAAUUUAAAUUUGAUAAAUUCUAUUUUGAAAGAAUCUUUAAGAUUAAUGCCCCCAGCUAUAUAAUCAUAGACAAAGUUUGCUAAUCAAGAUAUAAAAAUUGGGGAAUUUGAUGUUAAAAAAGGGGAUUUAGUUACUAAUCAUUUUUCUUAUAAUUUAUCAAAUCCUGAAGUAUUCCCUAACCCAGAUGUCUUUAAUCCUAAUAGAUGGAUGGCUGCAAAUAUUCACAACGAAAUGGCAAACUUUACUCCCUUUUCAUAAGGGCCAAGGAAUUGCAUUGGUUAACAUCUUGCGAUGAUAGAAGGAAAGUGCAUUCUAGCUUCCCUUUUAUUGUAAUAUGAAAUACUGCCAAACCCAGCUGAAAAAGUAGUUAGGCAAAUGAGGAUAGUAUAUGGAUUUUAGUAUGAUAAUCUUGUUUAUUUCAAAAAAAUAAAUGUUUGACUUAAAUUAAAAUAACAAAUAUAAAAAUGGAAGAAAGAUUUAUAUUAGUCACUUAUUUUUUACUAUUUUUAAUUUAUUAGUAAG